AUCCGUCUGAAGAAUUUUAUCUAGAUUGAGAAAGUGGGAGCGAUAUAAAAGAUUCGGCGAGAUAGAUUGAACAGACAAGGAAUCGUCGAGACCGACGAGAUUAAAGUAAUUCUGCAAGAUGUAUUGGAAACUGUUUGUGUCAUUGCUUCCGCACCUGCUUGUUUGCAACACCUUGGCCAGACCUAUCAUUUACGAGGCUGUCGAAGACGAUGUCGCUGCCGUUGGCUCAUUUAUCCGCGAGAUACGUCAACCGGCGCCAUUAAAAGUCGCUACGGAAGUAGAGGAUUUAAUGAGCGUCGGUAACGCACCGAAAUCACGAGACACUAAAAAACACAUGAAAAAUGCAUCUGGCAAAUCAGACGAGGGUGGUUACUACAGAACCUACGGAAGUGAUGCGGAGGGUGAGAAGGGUUACUUGAAGGAAACCUACGGUAAAGGUGAUCAAGGCUACAAGGCUCUCGACACCUUCCACAAACAAGACGGCGACAAAUACGAAUUCGAGACGCAAACCAGCUGGGGCAAAGAUUUCGCUGACAAUAACAGUGAGAAACGUCAAAAACAGAAGAAGAAUCACGAUCACGAGGGCGCAGGUACUAUGGUCGAUACAGACUAUAUGGGUGGCGAGGGAGAUCACAGUGAAGGAGGCGAAUAUUCGCAUUAUUCUGAAAGCGACGAUGGAGAUCACUAUAGUGGCCACUACACGGAUAAAGAGCCGGAAUCUUAUAGUCAUAGCGAAAAUUAUUCCUCUGGAGAUGGCGAUGAGGGAUCUUACGAAACACAUAGCUCUUAUAACUCCAAUAGCGAUGACGAAGAAGAUCAUUAAUCAUUACUAAUUAUGAUGAGAGAUAUGUACCUAUACUAAUUUUAUUUAAAAAAAUUUAUUUUAAUAUUUUACCCAAAUUCUAGAGUUUUGUUUGGCGAUUCUUAAUCCUGCCCUAUAUAAUAUCUAUUUAAAAUUACGUGUGUAUGUAUAUGCACAAAUCAUUCAUUUUCGAAAAUGAAAACAAUAUAAUAUGUGGACAUAUAUUUUCUUUUA